CCGAUCGCACAUCGAGUCCAACGGUUGUUCUCGUUUCCGAUAUGGAACCGCUCCAACAGCAGCACCAGCACCAUUUAUCGGGAAGUGAGGUUGCCGGUACACGCACCGGAGGUGCUAGUGCUCCUAUCACAACGAUCACCACGACCAGCACCACCAGCUCCACCGCCGCAGUGCUACUUGCCGACCUGAGUUCAAUUCGCAUAAAAGGCGACGAAUUGUCGCGGUCUGCUUCAUCUCCUUUGAUGAGCAGCCGAUCGAAGGAAAUACCCGGCCUGGACAGCCAACGGUCUAGCCACUGUCCGGUGGUACGGGAGGGUCCCGCGCUGGGUUGCAAUUUCUGCUGGAACACAAGGAGGAUACUGCGACGGAAAACCAAGUACCACUGUCCCGAGUGCCAGACGAACUUGUGCAUUGCGCCCUGCUUCCAGGAGUAUCACGAACACCAAUCGGCGGAGAACCCUGCCCCCACCAGCAACGACAGCGGAAGCGGCUGUGUGUAUGGUGUAGGUGGAUUGUACGCAAAAGUGGAUCUCCGAUUUGUUGAGAAUCUUUACUUUUGCGGAAUUGUGUCAUUCUCUUUUUUUUAUGGGUAAGAAUGGAACACUCAUUCAUCAUAACAACAUCAUAAUCAACCAAGAGGCGGAAAAAGUAUACAAUUAUUAACGAAGAUGUUUUACAAAUCAAAUUCGGUAGAAAAACACACAAAUCUGAUAGAAGGCGACGAUAAUCGUAAUCCCUUUUGUCGGCGGAGUGACCGCUUGGAGGUUCAGGUCAUAUUUGUGAAAGUUUUCCCGUACAAUAUAAAAUAUUUGGACCGGCACCGGAAGUCGAACCCAGCCACCCUCAGCAUGGUCUUGCUUUGUAGCCGCGAGUCUUACCGCACGGCUAAGGAGGGCCCUUAAUUAUUACGAAUACAUA